UGUCAAUUGGUAUUGUUGAAAUUUCACUGAUCUCGUCCGUGCAUCUGUUGUGCGGCACAGUGCGGGCGGCGUGGUGCUCGCAACACUGCUUUAAAAACAAGGCUACACCGCUGCCUCGCGACAGUCGAUGCCAGCCUUCGUGCACGCUAUACGCCGCGUUACGCGCAACAAACACUUCUAGUCGUAAACAUGGCGUUCUGACGUCCGCGUAUUCGCAUUCGUUUAUAAUAAUAAAUACAAAUAAUCCAAAUCAUAAAUGCAAAAAUACGUCCCAAUCAAGAACAUCGGUCAAAAAUAGUAAUUUUUUGACGGACUUGACGUUUUUAAUUUUCGCGCGUUAACUAACUUUAUUUUUUUCAUUCCGAUUUAAAAAAAAAAAAAAUUCAGUGAAUAUGGGUUUGAAUUUGGAAGACGAUAAACGACCAAGUAAGCUGGCCAUCAUGGAUGAGGAUUCCUCGGACAAACCAAGCGGGCUUGGAACUCGGCACUGGGUUACGUUCAUGCUGUUUCUCGGAAUGGCAAACGCUUACAUCAUGAGGACGAACAUGUCGGUCGCCAUCGUUGCUAUGGUCAACCACACAGCUCUUACUGUCAUCGCUGAAGAGAUAGACACCGAAUGCGGCCCAGUCAAUCCUAACAAAACCAGCGUGGUCUCAACCCAAGACGGCGACUACGCCUGGGACUCUUCAUUACAAGGCUAUAUUUUAUCGUCGUUUUUCUACGGUUAUGUCAUCACACAAAUUCCUUUCGGGAUUCUGUCGAAGAGGUUCGGAGCUCGCUUGUUCCUCGGAGUGGGUAUGCUGAUAAACUCGGUGUUCGGUCUGCUAGUGCCGGUCGCCGCCGAAGCUGGGUACGGAUGGCUCAUCGUCGUCAGGUUCAUACAAGGGCUGGGAGAGGGGCCCAUCGUGCCGUGCACUCACGCUAUGCUAGCCAAGUGGGUGCCGCCGAAUGAGAGAAGUAGAAUGGGUGCUGCCGUAUAUGCCGGUGCUCAGUUCGGUACGGUUAUAUCUAUGCCGCUGUCCGGUCUGCUGUCGGCGUAUGGUUUCGCCGGCGGCUGGCCCUCGAUCUUCUACGUGUUUGGCAUGAUCGGAACGGUCUGGUGCCUCGCGUUCCUGUUCUUCGUAUCCGAGGACCCCGAACAGUGUCCCCGGAUCAAAGAGACCGAGAAGAAGUACAUCGUCAGCUCUCUUUGGGGUGCCGCCGGAUCUAGCUCGCCACCCAUACCCUGGGGCAAGAUUCUUACUUCGAUGCCGUUCUGGGCGAUUAUGUUGGCCCACAUCGGACAGAACUACGGCUAUGAGACUCUGCUCACCGAAUUGCCAACAUUUAUGAGACAAGUUCUACACUUCUCCAUCAAAGAUAACGGUUUCGUUUCGGCCUUGCCGUAUCUGUGCAUGUGGUUGUUCUCGAUGUUCAUAUCUGUGGUCGCCGACUGGAUGUUGUCCAGUGGACGAUUCAACCACACUCAGGUCAGGAAGAUUAUUAACAGCAUUGGUCAGUAUGGUCCGGCGGCGGGCUUGUUCAUCGCCGCGAACACGGGAUGUAACCCGGCGGCCACCGUGGCGAUAUUGGCUGUGGGCGUCGGACUCAACGGUGGUAUCUACUCUGGCUUCAAGGUUAACCACUUGGAUAUUUCGCCACGUUUCGCCGGCAUUCUGAUGGCGUUCACCAACUGUCUCGCCAACUUGAUGGGGCUGUUGGCUCCCAUCGUCGCUGGACACAUCAUUGAGGGCAGACCCACUCAAGCGCAAUGGAGGAAAGUGUUCUACAUCGCGGGCGGAGUUUACGUUGUCUGUGCCACGUUCUACAACAUCUUCGGUUCGGGCAGGAGACAGGACUGGGACAACCCCGCCGACGACGAAGCCAAUGCCAAGAAGGCUGCCAGCAAGAAAGCCGAUAAGAUCGAGAGGAAAGCCGCCAAGAAUCAAAAUCACGCGGAAACAGCGCACUGAGGACGAAAGGUUGAACAAAACGCCGGUAACGAAUACAACUCUUUAAAGCAAUAACAGAACGCGUUUGAAUUUUUUAUAUACUUGCAUCUCUUUUUAUUUUUGAGCGGUAGAAAGAGAUGCUUGUAUGUUUGUUUAAAAUUAAAGUAAUGUUUUUAUUAAUGUCGAAUAAUAAUAAAAUAGUAAUUUUGACCACGUAUUUCGCUAGCAGUGGCCUGUUGUGAUCGUCUACCAGCGUUUGACCGUUUACGAGCUCCGUCAAUGUUUCUUUUUAAGAAUUGUUUGCCGAAGUUACACUUCUCUCUUUAACUUCCCUUUUAUAAGACAAAAUCUCUCAUUUCUCCGGUUUUUUUUUUUUCGUUGUCUAGCUGUCAUAUGUAACGCGCACUAGGGCUGUGAUAUUUGUGUACGAAAAACUACCACUACAUACCUACUGAACACGGAACUCGCAAACGGGCAACUUUUCGAACCGUUCGAAUAUAGUUACUAUUUAUUUAAUCAGUUUUUUUUUUAUUAAUUACCAUAAAAGUAUUUUAAAUAAUUUUAGCUUGAUGCAUGUUUUAAGAGACGAGUGAAUGGUGUUUAGUGUUGUUGGGUCCAAGUUGUAAGGAAAGAACAUAAAAAAAAUACCGUCCUAACCAGUGACUUGCAAUUUUGUACAUUAAUUUUGAAGAAAAAAUUGAUCCGAAAUAGGUGCCAUUUAUGCAUUUUAGUAACAUGCACGUGUCACCGCAGAAACUCGAAUAAAUACCUUAAAAAUUUAUUUGAAAUUUUACACUAACAAGUCAUAGACUAAGGAAACAGACAGAAUGCGAAUAAAUAAUUUUACCUCUAUGACUCAGAGUUAGUGCCAAAGCAAAAAACAUUAUGACUAUGUAUUUAAAUUUGAAAUUGAUCGCUUGGCGAAUAUUAUGAAUAAUUGUUUAUAAAUCUGUUUAUUUAAAAUGUAUAACGUAUUUAUGAAUUUAGUUUUAAAAUGUAACGUCACGGGACGCUGCACGCCCAAGAGCUUAUGUGAUCAUAUUAAUUUUAAGGUUAUUAUGCUUAGCUAUAUAAUUCAGAUUAAAUACUCCAUACUGAUGAUUAUUAAACUUUUUUUAAAUCGCUUACCAUCUUGUACGACAUAUUAUAAUCAAUCGUGUGGGGUCUUUGAACUGAGAACAGUGUUUGAAAAAUAUUUAAGGAGAUUCAUUUGAAUGUUUGUUGUUUUAGCCCUUAAAUAUUUUUUUAAUGAACACCUUGUAGUGUGUAAUUUUGAACUUUGUAUUAAAAUAUAACUUGAUGAAUUACCAUUUUAUAAAACAAAAUGAAAUAUUGUGUCUGUGACAGAUGUUAUUGUGCCUUGUAAAGGAAGUAGUACAAGUUUUAGUGGGAGGUGUGUCCAACGCACCGCGCCCUCAUUGUCCAAAUAAAUAAAAGUUAUUUUUGUAUGACCACUCACGGGUUCCGUGUGCGGGAGUACAGAAAUAAUAAAAAAAAACACAA